AACAAGUUAAACACGUUGGUACAGAAACUACAUGAAUUUUUGGCCCACUCAUCUGAAGAAUCUGAGGGACCAAACUCUCCACAAGGAGAAUCUUGCAGCAGACUUUCAGGUAAAGCUAACAAAAGUGGUAACAGAUCGCAUGACAUGGAGCAGGGUGCAGAAGAGGUUUGUAAUUCCUCUGAAGGAGCCAGAUCAGUAGGAUCACGUAAUAAAAGAAAACCUUCUGUUGUGACAAAGUAUGUCGAGUCUGGUGAUGAUGAAAUUGUUAAUGAAGCGCCAGAGGAAGAGGCGGAGGAUUCCAAUCCAAAAACAUCAGAGAAUGAAGUAGAUAUGAACAGUUUGCCAAAAGGUACAGUGGUUGUGCAGCCUGAACCAGUGUCAAAUGAAGACAGAGAUGACUUCAAAGGGCCGGAAUUUAGAAGCAGAAUUUCCAAACCAAAAAUAGAGGCACUGAAAAAGCGGGGAGAAGAAGGCCUGCAUGGUAUUGUAACCUGUACAGCUUGUGGACAGCAGGUGAACCACUUUCAAAAGGAUUCAAUCUAUAGACAUCCUGCACUUAAAGUACUUAUUUGUAAGACUUGCUAUAAAUACUACAUGAGUGAUGAUAUUAAUAAAGAUAAUGAUGGGAUGGAUGAACAGUGCAGAUGGUGUGCCGAAGGGGGAAAUUUAAUUUGUUGUGAUUUUUGUCACAAUGCUUUCUGUAAAAAAUGCAUACUACGAAAUUUAGGACGCAGGGAGCUUUCCAGUAUAAUGGAUGAAAACAACAAAUGGUAUUGUUAUAUAUGUGUUCCAGAGCCAAUAGUAGACCUUGUCACAGCGUGCGAUGCUGUGUUUGAUAACUUAGACCAGUGGCAUCAGCACAAAAGGAAAUCAAGAACGGAGGGUGAAAAAAGUAAAUUGGAAGAUUCACACAAGAAUUCUCAGAAGAAAUCCAGUUUAAGUUGCAAUGGUCAGGAUGAAAGUUCUGAUCGUAUAAAGUCCAGUUAUUUUUCAUACAAAGCACUAAUGGUACCCAAAGAAUUAAUUAAACAAACAAAGAAGCUUGUGGACAUGACAACUAAUCUGAAUGCUAGUUUUGUUAGCUUUUUGAAAAGGGAUGUUGAAAAGACUGACAGCAGUACUCCAAGAUUAAGGCAGUUGAAAGCUUUCAAGUCUGUAUUAGCAGACCUUAAACAAGCCCAUUUAGCAUUAGAAGAGGCUUUGGACCUUGAAACAGAGCAGGAAAGAAAAAGAGUUGCUCCUGAAUGUAAUAAAAAGGAAAAUUCUACAGAAAAAAAAGAAAAAGUGAAAGAUAAGGACAGUUCUGUCCCCGUUAAGAACUCCAGCUCUGGGGGUACAGAUAAAGUACUGGAUAAAACAGGAAAUAAUGUAAUAAGGAACAAAAACACUGAUAAAAUGGGAAAUGAAAAAUCAGUUACUCCACAUAAAAGACAAGAAAAUGACUCUCAGUCUGAAGUUGAGGUAGCUAAUAAUUCUGAGGCUUUAGACUUGGACAUAGUAUCUGUUCCUUCUUCAGUUCCUGAGGACAUUUUUGAAAAUGCAGAUUCUACCCCUUGUAGUACAGAUGUAACAACUGAUGCAGUUACUUGCAAAUUAGAAGUGAAUGAAUCAGAGAGCUCAAAGGCAAGGCACACAACCCCUUUAAAAACAACCCUAAGUAGCUGUAAAGUUAAAAGUCCUAUCAAAGUAACUAAGGAGCUUUAUGUUAAGUUGACUCCAGUUUCUCUCUCAAAUUCUCCAGUGAAACCUGCAGAAAACAGUGAGAAAGACACAGGAGUUGAACAAGGAGAGGACAAGAAAGCAAGUAACAAGUUUAAGAAGGGGAAAAGUGAUUACUGUGCAGAGGAAGAUGAUGAAAUUAAUAAAGCCGUAUCUGAUCAGGUUUGUGCUGAAGCAGUAGAUGAUUUUGAUCUCCGUAGAUCACCUCGUACAAAGACAACACCUUUACGGCGACAGGCUGAUGCAAACACCACUGUAUCUAGUUCAGGAGAGGACAGUGAUGGUGGUAUUGAAGGUGAUGAAGAGGAAGACAGACCAACAAGAAAGCCAAAGAAAGGGAGGAAAAGGGUAAGAUCAGCAUCUUCAAUUAAAAAUAAGUCCGAUGGGGUAGAUUCUUCACACCUAAUGGAAGAGUCAUCUGGUUCCGAAGACAUUCCCGAGAUUUUAAAACUUGCAGCAAAUAUGAGCCAUAGCUCCUCAGAAGCAGAUAACAAAGAAGAAGCCGAGGAUGCUGCUAAGUCAUCAUCAAGACUGAAAAAGGGAAAGUCGAAUGGAGAAACAGGGAAGCGUAAAAGAAAAAGCUCAUCUUCAGGAUCUGACGUCAGUGGAAAGAAGAAGCAAAAGUCCAAUAAAAACUCAUUGGCAGAGACGAAGCGGCAGAGACAUUCAGACUCUUCAGAUUAUGAUUCUGAACUUGAAAAAGAAAUGAAGAGUUUGAGUAAGCUCAAAGCAUCAAAAAAAUCCAAGAGAAAAACAAAGAUUAGUGAGGCAGAGAAAGAAGAUGAAGCAUCUUCCAGAGAUGAGGAAACUGAAGAAUGUAAAAAUGGAAAUCCUAAAGAAACAAAUGCAAGUAGAGCCAAGGAGACGACAAAAUCUUCAACUUCAGGCUCUGAGGAUAUGGAUGAAGAAAAUGAUGCAAAUUCGGCAGCAGGUGAAAGUGAAGAUGAACAGAAGAUAAAGCCCAUCACAGAGGACUUCAAGAUUUCUGUUCCGGGAUUUUGUCAGUCUUCAGGAGAUGAAGCGGAGAAAAAUCCGGAGAAUGAUUCCAUGAAUGCGAUUGAGGAUGACGACGACCCUGAGAAUAGGAUUGCCAAGAAAAUGCUACUGGAAGAAAUCAAGGCUAAUUUGUCUUCUGAAGAAGAUGAAUCAUCAGACGAGGAAACUAAAGCAAGCAAGAAAAAGUCGAAAGUAACAAAAGAGGUGGAUGCCGACGAUGAUGAAAAUGAAGAUGAUGAGACUGAUUCAGAUUCUGAUUUUGAGAUGACAAAGAAGUCUCGCCAUCGUCAUCGUCUGCUUAGGCACAAGCUAACUCUGAGUGAUGAAGAGUCAAAUGAAGACAGAAAAAAGGGCAAAGCGAAAAGUGGUACUAAGGAAGGCAAGAAGUCAUCUAAAAAGAAAGAAAAUGUCUCUGAAAACAGUGAAGACUCUGGUAACUCGGACUUCAAAGAGGAAUCUGGAGUUAGUGAAGAAUAUAGUGACUCUGAUGAUGAGGAUGAUAAUCGCCGGAAGACAAGCAGCCGCAAGAGCGAGCAACAAGCAGGAGCGGAUUUAUUUCAGCGAGCAGCUGCAGGACUGUUUUAUGGCAGCCGUGGAUUUAUUUCAGUGAGCAGGACCAUUUUGGAGUUGGAUGUAGCAGCCGCAAGAAAGAGCAAUUCCGAAGCAGAUGAAGAAGGAGAUGAUGAUGAUGAUGAUGACUCCAAGUCUCCUCAAAAAGGCAGAAAAAAGAUUAGAAGGAUUCUUAAAGAUGAUAAAUUGCGAACUGAAACUCAGAAUGCCCUUAAAGAGGAAGAGGAAAGGAGAAAGCGUAUUGCAGAACGAGAGCGGGAGAGAGAGAAAUUAAGAGAGGUGAUUGUAGUAGAAGAUGCUUCUCCUCUAAAAUGCCCGAUAACUACCAAACUAGUGUUGGAUGAAGAUGAGGAAACCAAAGAGCCACUAAUACAGGUGCAUAAACAUCUGGUUACAAAGCUGAAACCUCACCAAGUAGAUGGUGUUCAGUUCAUGUGGGAUUGCUGCUGUGAAUCUCUUUCAAAAGCAAAGACAUCACAUGGCUCUGGCUGUAUUCUUGCACAUUGUAUGGGUCUUGGUAAAACUCUUCAGGUGGUAGCUUUCCUUCAUUCAGUGCUGCAUGGUGAUAAACUAGAGUUUAGAACAGCUCUCGUUGUCUGCCCCCUGAAUACCGUUUUGAAUUGGUUGAAUGAAUUUGAAAAAUGGCAAGAAGGACUGGAAGAUGAUGAAAAGCUAGAGGUUAUUGAACUUGCAACUGUGAAGCGACCUCAGGAACGAGGGCAGUUGUUGCAAGAGUGGCAGGAUAAUGGCGGAAUUGCAAUAAUUGGUUAUGAGAUGUACCGCAAUCUUACACAAGGCAGAAAUGUGAAAAGCAAGAAACUGAAAGAAUUGUAUCAAAAGACAUUGGUAGAUCCAGGUCCUGAUUUUGUGAUAUGUGAUGAGGGACAUGUUUUGAAAAAUGAAGCUUCUGCUGUGUCGAAGUCUUUGAACUCAGUUCGUACAAAACGAAGGAUAAUCCUAACAGGCACACCUUUGCAAAAUAACCUUGUGGAGUAUCACUGCAUGGUGAAUUUCAUCAAAGAGAACCUUCUUGGAUCAAUUAAAGAGUUCCGUAAUAGGUUUAUCAACCCUAUUCAAAAUGGCCAGUGUGCGGACUCUACUAUGACUGAUGUCAGAAUCAUGAAGAGACGUGCCCACAUUUUGUAUGAGAUGUUAGCUGGUUGUGUUCAGAGAAGAGAUUACUCAGCCCUCACCAAAUUCUUACCACCGAAGUACGAAUAUGUCCUUUCUAUAAGGUUGACACCCUUGCAGUGCAAACUUUACCAGUAUUACUUGGAUCAUUUUACAGGUGUGGGCAGUAACAGUGAAGGUGGAAGAGGUAAGACAGGAACCAGGCUUUUCCAGGACUUCCAGAUGUUGAGCAAGAUUUGGACUCAUCCAUGGUGUCUGCAGUUGGAUUACAUUAGUAAAGAAAACAAGGGUUAUUUUGAUGAGGACAGCAUGGAAGAGUUCAUUGCUUCAGAUUCUGAAGAAUCAUCUGCAAGUUUAAGCUCAGAGGAAGAAGUAGUCAAGAAAAGACAAUCCAGGAGCAGAAGUGGAAAAAAACAGAAAGAUGAUGAUAGCAACAAUAGUGGUAGCAAGAGUGGCAACAACUCAAGUGAACGGGGCAGUGAUAAUGAUGUGGAAGUUAUUAAAGUAUGGAAUUCACGGUCUCGUGGAGGAAAGAGUGGAGAAGGAAAAACUGAAGAGAACUCUGGCAUGCCUGUUGAACAGCCUGCACUACAGGAAGAUGGAAAAAGUGAGUCUCGUCCUGGCAGCCCAACUGCAGAUUGGUAUAAAGAAUUUGUCACAGAUGCAGAUGCUGAAAUUUUGGAGCAUUCUUCAAAAAUGGUCCUCCUGUUUGAAAUCUUGCAUUUUGCAGAAGAAGUUGGAGAAAAAGUUCUUGUGUUCAGCCAGUCACUGAUAUCACUGGAUUUAAUUGAAGAUUUUCUGGAAAUUGCAAAUCGGCAGAAAGUAGAAGCUGAAGAAAACAAACAAGAAAAGAAAGAUGAUGACACAGCAGGAGAAGCAGAAGAGAAAGCAAAGAAACAACCUAUUUAUAAAGGUAGUAUUGUGUUUUCAGGGCUGGUACCAAACUCUGGUCGCCUUUCCAUAAAAUUAAAAUGUCAUCAAGAAACCUGUAAUAAACAGCCAUAUAUUCCAAAAAAUAGAGAACGAGAGCAGAUCUGUUCUCCCAUUCAGCGAGUACCAGACUUCAGAUAUCAUCCAUUUGUGUCAUCUUUUUUAGUGACAAAAAUCCUGGAGGAAAAUAAAAAGGGCCGCUUGUUUAUUAUCUCAACUAAAGCUGGAUCCCUUGGGAUAAAUUUGGUGGCUGCCAGUCGUGUGAUCAUUUUUGAUGCAUCUUGGAAUCCAUCCUAUGAUAUUCAGAGUAUCUUCAGAGUGUAUCGGUUUGGACAAAUAAAACCAGUGUUUGUGUAUAGGUUCUUGGCCCAGGGUACCAUGGAGGAGAAAAUUUAUGACCGCCAGGUGACAAAACAGUCUCUCUCUUUCCGUGUUGUUGAUCAGCAGCAGAUUGAGCGUCACUUCACGAUGAACGAGUUAGCAGAGCUUUAUUCUUUUGAACCAGACCAGCUGGAUGAUCCCAACUCUGAGGAGAAGAACAAAGCAAAAUAUACACCUGUACUACCAAAGGAUGCCAUACUUGCUGAAUUGCUACAGACCCAGAAGGAUUGUAUUGUACGUUACCAUGAACAUGAUUCACUGCUUGACCACAAAGAAGAGGAGGAGCUCACUGAAGAGGAAAGAAAAGCAGCUUGGGCAGAAUAUGAAGCAGAAAAGAAGGGACUGUCUAUGCGUUUCAAUUUGCAAACUGGGGCCAAUUAUGCUGCUGCCAACCUGACAAACCAGAACCCAUACAUUCCUUUCAACCUUGCAGCACUGUCUGCAAUGAGCAAUCAGCAGUUGGAAGAUCUUGUUAACCAGGGAAGAGAGAGAGUGGUUGAGGCAACCAACAGCAUAGCAGCAGCAAGGAUGAUGCCUUUGGAAGAUAUCAUUGCAACCAUACGGAAUGAAACGCCAAACCUCAAUGAGGCCCAAGUACAGGCUUUGGCUUUAAGCAGGCUGGCAAGUCAAGAACUUGAACUCAAGCGCAGAGAAGCAAUAUACAGUGAUGUCUUGACAAAGCAGCAGAUGUUGAUCCAGUAUGUCCAGAGGAUACUGAUGAACCGAAGACUUCAGCAGAUUAGUCAGCAACAACAGCGGCAGCAAAUAGCCAUGCAUCAAGCUGCAAUGAACAGGAUGAUGAUGUCAAAGUCCCAAAAUAUGAUGUUAAAUCCCUCCAACUACCAGCAGAUUGACCUGAGAGGAAUGUAUCAGUCCUUACCUGGAAGUCUUCAGGCUGCCCCCAUGAUGAGAGCACCUCACUCAAUGACUAGAAAGCUUCCAGGAUCUUCACAUGGGAAGUAGAGGCAAUGCACAAAAUACCUUAAAGGGACAGCAAAACCUUUGUAUGAUGAAAUUACACCAUCGGAGGCUAAAGUGAACUCAGCUGUGUAGUAUGUCAUGUUUUUAGCUUCAUUUUGUUUCAUGGCACUUUUAUGGUCACUGCAUUCUGUAAUUUAACAAGCAUUUCUUUUGGAAGUGUGCCCAUAUCUUGUACAUUCCAUCUCAUUGCUUACCAUUAUUAUCCUACUGCUUAACGUUGAUUAAAAAUUGAAGCUUUUCAGUAGCAUUUUAAAAACGUUUUAAAUUGUGUGUACUGAAAUCUUAUUGAAUUUAUACUAUAUGUGACAAGUUGAGUUCCUUACAGACAGUUGAAGGGAUUGCUGUAUGGUCCUGCUUUCCCUUUGUCUUAAACUGAUGUCAUUAUAGGAUGACUUGGUCUGAAACCUGAGCUAACUGCCUGGACCCACAAGUCACCUGCAGUGACCAAGGCAAAAGAACUGAAGAGUGCAAUAUUCAUAGAAACUACUGCUCUGAAACUUACAAAAAGUCCUGCAGCUAAAAAAACUGUGUAUAUAGCCUUAAUCACGGACUUGUGAGAAACCUGGCCUUUUUCUUCCCAAGUCACUCUUUUUUGCCAGCUUUAUUUAAAUAUAUAUAUAUAUAUAUAUAUAUAUAUAUAUAUAUAUAUCAGAAUUAGUCUUUGGUGACCUUUAAAGCUGUCUUUGUUUUCUUUAUUGUGUUGCUUCUCACUGUCUUUGUAAUACUGUACAGAACAUGCACCUUGCCCCACUUUGGUGGAGCAGAGGGAAGAAAAAAAAUCAGUGGUUGUUGGCUUUAUCCCUGUUUUUGGUGAGCAUUAUGUUCCUAGGCAGGAAAUCUGUGUAGAUUUAACUGUAUCUUUAAAUGCCAGGACCCAAAAUUGUUGUCAUAUAUUAUAUAUAUAUAUAUGUAUGUAUGUAUUUAUGUUUGUUACAGAAAAGCCCGUGAACAUGAGUAGUGUGCUAACUUUCAAAACAUUUCACGGAUGGUGCAAAUGAACCUGCAGUAAUUACUUGUUAAUGUUUUCCACCUGUUUGUACAGAGUGUUUCUUUUGAAGUAGGUUGGGAAAUGCUAUGCUGAUUUUAGUUGUACAGUGUAUGUCUAGUAGUUCCUUAUAAUGUGAGGAUACUUGUGUUGACAGAAAUAUUUUUCCAGCUGUUUCAAUAAAGCUGUUUUCAACGCCAAA